CAUGAGGAAGUACAGUGCAGGGCCCCGCAGCCUCGAGAGUUGACUUGGACUACACACCACAGAGCAAAGAUUAGUGGAGGGAGCAAGCGAGAGAAUUCUAGCAGCGAACCCUUUGCGACAUUAUGUUGCCUUAGCGAGCCGGUCCUUUUCUAAUCAUGUACGUGGGAUACCUUCUGGAUAAAGAAGCCGGCAUGUACCACCAAGGACCUGUAAGACGCCCCGGCAUCAACCUGCCAGCACAGAACUUUGUAUCAACUGCACAGUACUCUGAGUAUACAGGAUAUCAUCAUGUGCCCAAUAUGGACAGUCACGCACAAUCUCCGGGGUCUUGGGGCUGUCCAUAUGCGACGCAGAGGGAAGACUGGAAUGCCUAUGGUCUAGGACCUUCAAACGCGGUACCUACCCCCAUGAGUAGCUCAUCGCCCGGACAAGUGUCUUACUGCUCCCCUGAUUAUAACUCAAUGCACCCGGCAGCAUCUGGAGUCUUACCGCCACCCCAGGAAAAUGUUACAGUGGGACCACCGUCCCCUGACAGUGAGCGGCGUCAUUCGUAUGACUGGAUGAAGAAAACUGUACAGUCAUCUUCAACCGGUAAAACAAGAACGAAAGAGAAAUACAGGGUUGUGUAUACGGAUCACCAGCGGCUCGAACUCGAGAAAGAAUUCCAUUACAACAGAUACAUCACAAUCAGAAGAAAAUCCGAACUGGCGGCGAACCUCGGGCUUUCCGAGAGACAGGUGAAAAUCUGGUUUCAAAAUCGCCGAGCCAAAGAGAGGAAGAUUAUUAAAAAGAAGAUGGGUCUUUCUGACGGCAGCGGGGGCUCCGUGCACAGUGACCCGGGGUCGGUGAGCCCUCUCCCGCUACCAGGCUCUCUCAGUCCCAGUAUCAACGCCCAUAUAUUUCCUACUCCUGGAAUGAACACUUUACUGCCAAUUGAAAAUUUACAACAAGUUACAGUUACUCAAUAAACAGCACCAGGACUUUGGAUAAGUAGCGAUACGAGCACUCCCUAUCUUCAAAGAAGGAUGGUUUUACUGCGCAUCUUGAAUGUCUUUUUAUUUCCAAUCAAGGGUUUGCUAUUUUUAAAAUCCAUUAAAAAAAAAAAAAUAAUAAUACUUGAAAUGCCUUAUGGAAUACGAGGAUUCGACCCAGGUUUUAUUGAAUUGCAAAUAGCUGGAUGCUCUUCUAAAUAAUAUUGUUGUUGUUGUUUUUGUUAAUAUUGUAUUUAGUUUAGGGCUUAGCUUUGUUUGUGCCCGACACUAGAAAUGGAUUCCUCGUGGACUGACAGCCUACAUCGUGCUUUUGUAGGAAUGAAUAGAGAAAAACAAAUCUUGUAAAUUGCAACGAAUUGUUAUUCGAGAAUACACACUGUAACCGGCUUGGCUGCAGUUUCAGAUCGAUCACCUCUCAUGAAGACACGUUAUAACCACUGUGUGGAGCAGGAUAUUUUAUACGACGAUUCUUACAGAUACUAAUUCUGGACGCCUAAUGCGCCAUUUCAGGACUUUUCCACAAACACAAGAACUCAUUAAGACCUUUCAUAAUUGUAUUGUUCUGUCUGCUGCAUGUUUGAGAUGAAGUCACGCGUUUUGUUGACUUGAAACAAACCGGUAUAA